AUGUCUAACCCGAAGAAUGUGAACGGUGAUAAGAUUUCGUUCGAGAUGAAGUGGACGUUUCUCCUUGGUAAUCUUACAAGUAUAGCCUUAAAAAAAGAAUACAGCGACCCGACUGCGCUGUACGGGGCAGGGGAGAGGAGUUUUGGGACGUAUAAGCUGUACGGAAUGAUGCAGUGUACGAGAGAUGUAAGUAAAAAAGGUUGUGAGGCGUAUCUUGCAUAUCAUCUGGUGCAUUUUCAAGAUUGCUUGCGCCCUAAACGAGGAGGAAGAGUUUUGGGUAGGAGAUGUAGCUUUAGGUUUGAGCUUUACCCUUUUGUUUCUAAUUCUUUGAAGAUGUAA